UGCCGUCGACCGCAUCAAUUGUUUGAUCUCAUUCUCACCCUGAAUAUAAUCAGUAUCGGCUAUCAGUGCGCUGAGAGUUGACUUUUUGCUAGUGAAAUCGAUUUUACACACUGUAUUUUCACUUGUCGGUUAAUCAAUAUAAAGUCCAGAAAUAUGGGUUGUUCCUCCUCCUCAAAACAAAUUGAACCUACUUCAGAAGGACUAAGCAGAGGAGUUCCUGUCGCCAUGACCAUCGAUUUUUACUACACUCUGGGAUCUGCCCCAUGCCGCAGUAUUCUUCUGUUGGGCAAAGCGCUCGGCAUCGAGUUCAACAUGAAGGAGUUGAACUUAAUGACCGGAGAACAUCUGCAGCCCGAAUUUGUGAAGAUCAACUAUCAACAUUGCGUGCCCACAAUUGUGGACAAUGGCUUUGCGCUGUGGGAAUCUCGUGCCAUUCUGGCUUACUUGGCGGAGAAGUACGGAAAGGACGAUUCUCUGUAUCCCAAGGAUCCGCAGAAGAGGGCUCGCGUGAACCAGAAGCUCUACUUCGACAUGGGCGUGCUGUAUCAGCGCUUCGCUGAUUACUACUAUCCGCCAAUCUUCGCCAAGGCGCCCUUCAACCCCGAUAACUACAAGAAGAUGGAGGAGGCCGUUGGCUUUCUCAAUACUGCCCUCGAGGGCCAGAAGUACGCCGCCGGAGACAGCCUGACGAUUGCCGAUCACGCUCUCGUGGCCUCGAUCUCCACCUAUGAUGGCUUCAAGUUUGACUUCUCCAAGUAUCCCAACGUGGCCAAGUGGUACGACAACUGCAAGAAGACCAUGGACGGCUAUGAGAUCAACCAGAAGGGCGUGGAUGAAUUUGCGACGAAAUUCGGUGAGGUGCUGAAGAAGAUCCAAGGCUAAGCCCCAGUUCACUCAUAAAAGGAUACCAUUUCUGUAUUUUUUUACCACUUUUCGUUCUGCCUGCAGUUGAACUGUAAUUGUAAGUGCCUCGAAGGCUAAAAACAAUGUUUCUUACAAAUUUUUUAUACAAGAAUCACGUGAAACUGCGAAUAAAAUGCGGCAUUUUGUGAGAUGUGAAA